AAACGUUAGGAGGAGCGCAAAAGAGAGCUUCUUCUUUUCUCAGAAUCACGCGGUUUUUUACUCUCUUUUUUCCUUCUGAGCUUUUUUGUUAUGAACAAGAAUCUCAAAAGCUGGUGACCAAGACCAAUCUUAUUUUACUAUUAUAUAUUUGAAGAAGAAGAAGAAGAAGAGGAGAAGAGUUGAGACUCUGGAUUUUUAUAUUCAGAUGCGGAAAAGAAAGAAAACAGGGGAGAGUUGUUAGUUAACGUUACAUGUUGAACCUGCAAAAGAAAUUUAAGUCUCCACUGGUUUCAAAGAAAGGUGAUGAUCGCUCGGUUUAGUCCGAACCAAUUUCAGUUGUGCAAGAGUUUUUCCUAGAAUGAUUACCCCGCCAACAAUUUUCGCUCUUCUUAUCAUAGUUCUCAUAGUUUCUUCAAGCGAAGCCCAAAGCCAUGGCCCAAGCAGUUGCAAAACGUCAUGCUCAGGUGAGUCUGUACCAUACCCAUUUGGGUUCUCGGAAGGGUGCAAAAUCCAAUUGAAUUGUAGUGACGGAAAGAGAAAGAGAAUUGGGGAAUUUUCAGUCCUUAACAUAACAUCAACCAGCCUUUUCAUCGAACUCCCGGCGAAAUGCAACCGUCCGAUCGAAUUAAUCAAACCCCUAUUCGGCUUAUACUACGGGCUGACUUGGGAUAACAGCCUCUUCCUCCAAGACUGUAAUAACUCUCUUCAAAAUGGCUGCGCCAUACCCAUGAGCUUCAUUGAGAACCGGGUCCACUUAAAGGGUUGUGGGUCUAACAAGAACGAUUCCCUGAGCUGCUUUCCUAAGGAUUUCAACAAAACGGUUAAUAUUAUGGACUACAAGGACGUGUAUAAUACUUCGUGCAAGCUAUUGUUCGCCUCGAUCGCCGUCGACUCAGCCAGCUCGCUCCAGUUUCAGAGGCUGGAACUGGGGUGGUGGCUCAAUGGAUCGCGUGAGUUAUGCCAUCCAAGCGCCAAUUAUACGAAUGUUACUCUUCCCGAAGGUAAAAAAGGGGUUCGGUGCUUUUGUAAAGAUGGGUUUCACGGAGAUGGGUUUCUCGCCGGCUCCGGUUGCCGUAGCGUUUCAGGAUGCAACCCCGGAAAGUACUUGUCCGGCAAAUGUGGAAGAUUGAGUAAAGUUGGUGUUCUUAUUGCAGGGAUAAUUUUUGGAGCUGUUUUGAUGGUCAUCCUAACUUUCCUCUGCCACGUUGUCCGCCGCCGUUCUACUUGUUUGAAAAACCGGAUGAGUGCAAAGCGUCUUCUAUGUGAAACUGGCAAUUCUAGCGUUGCUUUAUACCCCUACAGAGAAAUUGAAAAGGCCACCAAUAGCUUCUCAGAAAGUCGAAGACUUGGAACCGGAGCCUUUGGCAUGGUUUAUGAAGGAAAACUCUUCAAUGAUGAGUUGGUUGCUAUAAAAAAGAUCAAACAUAGAGACAAUAACAGCAUUGAACAAGUUAUGAACGAGAUCAAACUUCUUUCAUCUGUGAGUCACCCGAAUCUGGUGCGCCUCUUAGGUUGCUGCAUAGAGCAAGGUGAACAGAUCCUUGUGUAUGAGUUUAUGCCGAAUGGAACUCUGUCUCAGCAUCUUCAAAGAGAGAGGGGUAAAGGGCUUCCAUGGACUAUACGGCUCACCAUUGCUUCUGAAACUGCUAAAGCUAUAGCUUAUCUCCACUCUGCCAUGAAUCCACCAAUCUAUCACAGGGAUAUUAAAUCGAGCAACAUACUAUUAGAUUUCAACUUCAAGUCAAAGGUAGCAGAUUUUGGGCUAUCUAGACUUGGCUUAAUAGAAACAUCACACAUAUCAACAGCCCCACAAGGGACUCCAGGCUAUGUCGAUCCGCAGUACCAUCAAAACUUCCAUCUCUCAGACAAAAGUGAUGUCUACAGUUUUGGGGUAGUUUUGGUUGAGAUAAUAACAGCAAUGAAAGUGGUAGACUUUACUCGACCUCAGAGUGAUGUGAACUUGGCUGCACUUGCUGUGGAUAGGAUUGGAAAAGGCUGUGUGGAUGAUAUAAUAGAUCCAUUCCUUGAGCCAAAUAGAGAUGCAUGGACUCUUUACUCUAUCAACAAGGUAGCCGAGCUCGCAUUCAGAUGUCUCGCUUUUCAUAGUGACAUGAGGCCUUCAAUGAUGGAAGUAGCCGAAGAACUUGAACAAGUCAGGAGAAGCGGGUGGGCAACAAUGGAGGAAAAUAUAUUUGCAUCAUCAGUGGUGUCCUCAUGUUCAUCGCCUUACAACGGGAGCGAGUCACUUGGUAGUAUGACAUCAAAGAAAGGCGGUGUAGGGAGUCAGAGAUUGUUUCUUCCACAAAGAGUAGAUGAUAGCUUGGAGCGCAUGGAAGAGGAGAAGGAGAGCUCCCCUGUUUCUGUGCAAGAGCCAUGGUUCAGCGAACAGAGUUCACCCUCAACAAAUAGCUUGUUGGGUAAUGUAGUCCGAUGACUCAAAAAUCACUUCUGCUUCAUAUAUAUAUAUAUAUAUAUAUAUAUGUAAUCGUGUGAAUAGUGAAUACCAUAGAUGUAUUAUACAGCUUCUCUUAAGCCCCAUUACUGCCCACAUCUAUAUAAAUGUAUUAUGUCAUCUUUUCCUCAAGUUCCUUCCUUGAAAACAAAUGAUGCCAGAGCCAAAGGCCAUCAAGUUACUUGUGUUCACCAAACAUUUUUUACUUGUAAGAAAAACGAGAUUAUGAUGCCUUUAUUUUGUGAUACUUUCUAGAUUAAUUUAUACAUACGGUACUUAAAGCCUA